CUCCUAGCUGUAACCAAUAGAGGUGCAGUGAGCAAGCUGGCAAAGCCAUACCCUUGGAAGGCUAAGCCACUGCCAUUUGUCUAGGUGCAUACCCUUGGAAUCUUUACCGGUCCCCGUCGGUACUCACAUCCCCUUUCUUUGGCUUUACUCAGCUGAAGGAAGCCGCUAAUAAUUGGUUAGUGUGGGUAAGACUUGGGGGCGGUUUCUUAUACGCACUGAAAACACCAAAACCUAGAGUUUUCAUUUGGAUUUCGCUUUGUAUUCCUUAGUUGCUGUGGUUAUUAUUGGUUUUUUUUUGGUUUGGGUUUUGUUUGAAUGCAAGCUUUUGUUCCAUGGAUUUGUUAUCUCAAUCGGCUGACACUUCAUCAACGCUCUCUUUAGGGUUAGUUUCAUCUUCGCCGCAAUCUCACCGUACCCAGAUCGCUGAUGACUCUAUUAGUCUCGAGGUGGACGGAAGGGACACCGCGCAACCACUGUCGCGUUUCGCUUUUCAGCUACUCGAGCCGGAGAAGAACCGGAGGUGUCUCCGAAAUGGGGAUAGAAAUGAAAGUGAGUGUUACGAUGAUGAUGAUGAUGGUGGUGGUGAAGAGAGUAAAGAAAUCGAAGAAUUUCAUUUAUUAGGGCAUACUAUGUGCCUCAAAAGGCGAAGAGACGGCUGUUCUUCUUCUGCGUCGUCAAAGCGAAUGACGCCGGAGCCCGAUCUCGAGACGAGAAAAGCGGCCGUGAAAUCAUGGGGCAAUCAACCACUCAGUGUAGCGGAUCCCGACGUGUUCGACAUGAUGGAACAUGAGAAAAAGAGGCAAUUCAUGGGAAUCGAAUUGAUAGCUUCCGAAAAUUUCGUUUGCCGGGCCGUCAUGGAAGCACUCGGAAGCCAUUUAACCAACAAAUACUCCGAAGGGAUGCCGGGAGCAAGGUACUAUGGAGGGAAUCAAUACAUCGAUGAAAUCGAAACUCUUUGCUGGAAACGUGCAUUGCAAGCUUUUGGACUAGAUUCUGAGAACUGGGGUGUGAAUGUACAGCCUUAUUCGUGUACAUCUGCGAAUUUCGCAGUCUAUACUGGGUUGCUAUUGCCCGGAGAUAGGAUCAUGGGAUUGGAUACUCCAUCAGGAGGGAAUACCAGUCAUGGGUAUUAUACCCCACAUGGUAGAAAAGUAUCUUCUGCUUCAAUUUUCUUUGAGAGUUUGCCAUAUAAAGUGAAUCCACAAACUGGGUAUAUAGAUUAUGAGAAGUUGGAAGAGAGGGCACUUGAUUUUAGGCCUAAGAUAUUGAUUUGUGGUGGUAGUUCGUAUCCGAGGGAAUGGGAUUACGGAAGGUUUCGACAGAUUGCGGAUAAGUGUGGUGCUGUUUUGCUUUGUGAUAUGGCUCAAAUCAGUGGACUUAUUGCUGCUAAGGAAUGUGCGAAUCCCUUUGGUUACUGCGACAUUGUUACCUCAACAACUCAUAAAAGCCUCCGAGGUCCCAGAGGAGGUAUAAUUUUUUACCGGAAGGGUGCAAAGCGAAAGGGAGGGAAGCUUCAAAGCCAAGGAGAUGACAAUGAGCAAUACGAUUUCGAGGAAAAGAUAAAUUUUGCUGUUUUUCCAUCUUUGCAAGGCGGACCACAUAAUAAUCAUAUUGCUGCUCUUGCUAUAGCAUUGAAGCAAGUGGCUACACCGGAGUACAAGGCCUAUAUGCAGCAAGUGAAGAGAAAUGCUCAGGCCUUAGCAUCUGCUUUGUUAAGAAGAAAAUGCAGGCUAAUUACAGGCGGCACGGACAACCAUUUGAUACUCUGGGAUCUAAGACCUUUUGGAUUGACAGGUAAAAUUUACGAGAAGGUCUGCGAGAUGUGUCAUAUUACCCUGAAUAAAAUUGCUAUUUGUGGUGAUAAUGGUGCCAUUACUCCCGGAGGUGUAAGGAUCGGUACUCCUGCUAUGACUUCAAGAGGUUGCGUUGAGUCUGAUUUUGAGACAAUUGCGGACAUUGUCCUAAGAGCUGCACAUGUCGCCAGCAUGAUUCAUGGGAAGUUACAGAAGGCCUCUGUGAAAAGUCUACAUGAUAAUAAGGAUAUUUUGGAGCUACGAACACAGGUUGAGACUUUUGCUUCUCAGUUUGCAAUGCCGGGAUUUGAAAUUUGAAUGAUUCUUGAAGGUGUACCUCACACCAUUGGUUGCAUUCUGCCAUCUAAACAAAAAUUGGAAGCCGCCCCAAAGUAGCUACUGUAACUUUAUUGGCUACAGAUUUUGCAGUCGCUGAGCUUUGUGAACCAGAACACAAACUCUGCAGAGGAAUUGUGGUUGCUCAAGGGUUAUUUUCCUGGCAACCAAAGGUUCUGUUUUCAUAAUGGUGGCAGAAUGUCUGAAAAUAUUGCAACAAUUUUGGCAGUUCUCUUUAGUGACAUUUUUCUCUUCCUUGGAACUUGUUUUAGUUGUGUUUGCAGAUUGGUGAAUUUGGAUAUUCUUAUUUAAACCCAGGAUUGAUUUGUUGACAAUGAUGAUUCAGUAAAUGUAGUGUAAGAUCGAGAAUUCGUUGUUUGA